AUGGCGAGAAAGGUCAAAAACAGCCCACAGACCACUUCCAAAGACCUACAACAUCAUCUUGCAGCAGAUGGUGUCACUGUGCAUCGUUCAAACAUUCGGUGCACUUUGCACAAGGAGAAGCUGUAUGGGAGAGUGAUGCAGAAGAAGCCUUUUCUGCACACACCACUAACAGAGUCGCUUGAGAAAGAUGGUGAUCUGGAUGUGUUCCUGAGGGGAUUUGAAAAGGUUCGCCGGCAGUUCCAUCUACCUAAGGAACAGUGGGGACGAUAUCUAACCCCACGGCUGCGAGGGAAAGCUCUGGAUGUGUUUGCUUUGCUUCCCUCUGAAAGUGACCAGGACUAUGAGGCAAUAAAAUCUGCCCUGCUAAUAAGUUUUAAUCUGACUCCAGAGGCUUAUCGGAAAAGAUUUAGGACUUUGCAACAAAGCGCCACAGAAAGCUGCACUGAACAUGCAGGUCAGCUAAGGACUGCAUUCAGGCAAUGGACUGGGGGCCUACAAGUCACUACCUAUGAGGCCCUGGAGGACUUGAUGGUCCUGGAUCAGUUUCUCCAAACACGGAGCUUUGAAGCCAGAGAGUGGAUUUUGGACCGCAAGCCCAAGACAGCAAUGGAAGCAGUAGAACUAGGAGAUGACUUUGCCAAUAACCGGGUGCCAGCAGCAAAGCGUGGAUCUGCACAAGCUGGAGCAAGUACCUGGAGGGGAGCCACACAACCACAAAGCACCACCAGGCCAGCCAGGAAAUUCUUGCCAUCAUCCCCAAAAGCAACAGGAGCCACAUUGGGUCCAGGGGACACCCGCCGAUGUUACAGAUGCAACAAUAUUGGGCACCUGAGUGCCACUUGCCCCAACACAAAGAAUUCUCCACCAGUAGCUGGAGGACACACAGCCGUUCUUCUGGUGUCCGGAGCGGUGGAGAAAAGAGCGGAUAACCUGCAGAGUGUAACUGUGGGUGACCGGGUGACAGUGGGUUUGCGAGAUUCUGGAGCCUCCUUUACCUUGGUGCGGCCUGAAGUGGUGGAUACAGAGGACAUCAUCCCUGGAAGAACCAUGGCUUUAAAAGGAAUUGGAGGUGUGCGGCCUGCUAUGCCCAUGGCCUGUGUGUACCUGGAUUGGGGUACAGGCAAAGGUUUGCGGGAGGUGGGGGUCUCUAAGGACAUCCCUGUUAAUGUUCUGCUGUGGAAUGAUUUGGGUCGG